AGUGGCGCCCCAAAUUUCCCCCUUUUGCCACGUUCCCCAUUGUACUGCCUGUGUGAGAAAUCCUUAGUAAAUAUCGCCUCACUGACUUCGUUUUGUACAAUCACUCACCAUGAAUCAGUGCAGAGUAUAAGUAUGACGUCGACACAAUGACAUCAUACUCAACGUAGUACAAAACCACAACCAACAUGAUGAACUUCACUCACCAUAACAGACGUAGUUAGUAGCCUAUUCUGAUCAUAUCUUCAUGAUUGGAUCAAUAUCUUACUGGUUCAUUAAUUUCGUAGAUGAAAAUUAGUUAACGCUGGAAAACAUUGAGUGAUUUAAAUUCGGGAUCGAAUGUCAGAGGUCCAGUUUGGCAAUCCAUAUGGUUUGAUCGACAAGAUUGGCAGUUCCGAAUCUCAUCGAUUCUGACCAUGGCAUCGGCUUUCCAGUCUGGAUCCUCAUCCAAAUGCCAAGGUAUCGACUGCAGGAGUGGCGAUGCUGUUGCCACGUACAGCAUCAGAGAACAUCAGGAACUGUGCGAGGACUGCGUCUCAAGGAAGGCACAGGAUGAACAGGGCCAGGUACUCUCAGACUGGUCCUGCGACAAGCAUAGGAAACCUAUUGAAUUCGUCUGUCGGUCACACGACAUUCCUCUCUGCCAGUCUUGUGCUUUCCUAUCGCACCAGAAACCAUGCAUGGUGCACGACCUUGAGGAAGCAGUUCGGGAAAAGAGGUUGAGAUUGGAGACACUGUUACCCAGAGUGACUGAGAAGUGCCACGAACUACAGGAAAAAGAGAAGAGGAUAGUGAAGUAUGGUAGCGAUAUAGAUCAGCACUUCAAGAAUUUGGAAGAUGAAAUAUCAGAGGCCUUGGGCAAAGAGUCAAAGAACAUCGAUUCUUGUGAGAGAAAUGAGAUUGAGACUUUAACAAAGAAUGCGGAAGAGCAAAUUAGAAAAGUAGAAGAGGAAUUGAGGAAGCGAGUGCUAGAUAGAAAAGAAGGAGCAGACGUUAAACGUGAGAAUAUUUGCCAUACAAAGCAGAGAUUAACUGACAAUUUGAUAAAAAUGAAAGAACGAACACUUUGUAGAGUGCAAAGGAUGAAGUUGCAAGUCGAUGGAAUAAAGGCAUCUGUGGAAAAUGCUCAAUGUCGUCUCGAAAGACUUGUUAAGGAUGACAGAGACUUGGUUGGACAAGCAGACACGUUCGAAUCAUCAUUAACAAGUAUCCUAGAUGCUGAUAUCAAUGUCGACACGUUGGAAUACAACCUGAAAAGAGGACAGCAAGUUUACUUCAAACUUGGUGGCGAUGUCCAUGAAAGUAAAGUUCUGGGUGCUACACAGCGCUGGGAACUGGUUGACAGUGUUUCCAUUGGAACGAAUCUCACCAAACCAUAUUUCAUUGGAGCGAUUGAUGACGAUGAGAUGGUAGUGUCUGAUAUUUCAUGCCGGACGCUCUACGUGACCAACCUAAAAGACAAGACCACAAAGAAAGUCCUAGAACGUUCUGGGGAUUACAGGAAAGUAGUUUCUUGUACGUCCAUGGGCAAGGGAAAUAUCCUCUGUGGUAACUUCUGCAAGGAUGCAACUGGGAGUUGUUUCAAAGGAGCAAGCCUGUACAGCCGACAAUGGGAGUUCAUCAGGGAUGUAGAACUGCCAAAGAACCCUGAAACAGAGAAGACUUUCGCAUCAGUACACGUUGAGAACGGUGGAAGAAUUCUAGCCGCGGUGGCUUGCCAAUCUGACAUUCACAUCAUUAACCCAGGGGAUGGCAUCGUCACCCAAUCAGUGAAAACCGGGGCUGGGAAAAUCCAAUGGCUUUGUUCUUUGCCGUCCGGUAACUUCGUCGCAAAGACGGGCAACCGUGAGUUCACCAUCAUGGAUCCCUCUGGGUCGCAUCGUCUCUGCAUCAAUCAUGACCGAUGGGAUGGAUGUCUCUGCGAUGUGGACCUCUCCGAUGGUUCCAUCUACGUCGUGUACAGAGACCAGAACCGGAAGGUGUAUACCGUAGAUGUGGUUGGAUGUGAUGGCGAACUUGAGGCAACCAAGGUUGUGGAGUAUCCAGUGUCUAAGAACAAAAAAGAUGUUGUUCUUCCUUGUGUCGUGACCGAAUCAGGAAAAUUGGUCACAUGCAAUGGAGAAUUCUUUUAUGUUUUCGAACGUCCAUAAAAGAACAAUAUCUCUGAUAUUCAUACCAAUAGAGAGUUUUCGCACAGCAACGCAGAACGAAUUUAAGAACACAGUAAAUGUAUUAUGCAAAUCAAAUCACAAUGAAUAGUUGGUAGGACUUUGCCGAAAAUUGGUGAACCGGAAGAGCAGUUCCAGAGCUGACGGAAACUUGCAAAUAUGUCGUUUGUCCAGAGCCCAGGACUAAGCUGCUGUUUUGAUUUACCAAUUUUCGUCAAAGACUUCUUGGUUGCCCUUUAUUUUGACAGCAUUUUGCAUGUUCUUAAAAGCGUUGUGCAUAGUAGUCAUGCAUAACUGUCAUCACCAAAAAGUGAUAGAUGGUAGUAAUAUGCAUAUGGUUUUACCCCAGUAUACAUAGCCCCUGGGAGGUGUCCCCAGAAUGGUGAAUUUCCGGCUCAAUUUAUUGCCAACCCCCCCCCCCCCCAUUGCUCGGUUUACGACAUUGCCCCCGGUAUUUACUCCCAUGAAUUAAUAUGUGUAUGGCAUUCAAAUUUGAAAGUGGAUAAUCCAUCGUUUAAACAGCAUGUAUACUGUCGUCAUUUGUGAAAAGCGGGUUUAUGGGCAUGAUAGGUACUUGAUGUCAUUCUUUUAUAAGUUGUUUGUCUUUUAUUUGAAUAGAAAUCACUGCACAGAAGUCGAAGCAGUCAUGAAGUGAGAAUAAAGAAAAUUUAUCAAAGUUUCACUUUCAACGGCCGUUAUCCCAUUCAUUUCCUGGAAUACAAUCGUUAAACAUGCUAAAUCUAUGAAAGAAUUACUUGAGUGAAGUCAAGAGAGGGAAGUCAAACAAACACUUCAAAUUCUAAUUAAAGGCCUUUAUUUAAGAUAUUGAAAAUAUUUAAUAUUUAUGAUAUAAAUGAAUUGCAAGUACCAUCUUUUAUGCUUUCGUACUCUAUGCAAUUGUUUCUAAAUUAUUUUGAUGGAAACUUUGAAUAUAACAUCAGCUUAAAUAAAUAUAGCGCAAUAAACGCGAAUAAAAUGUAUGAUAACUUUUAAUCAUUAUAAUUUUUCAAAAACAACUGUCAGUUUUAAAGGCCCUGCCUUGAAAUCUCUUGCCAGAUUAACUCAAAAAAGCUCAAAUACUCGUUCUUUUAGGAGAAAAACAAAUUAUUUCUGCCUAAGUCAUAAUAUAUUUUUUUAAUUGAUUGCCUUUUAUGUGUUUAGAUAUGUUACUGUAUGUUUUUGUAUUAUAUUAACUUUACGUUUGUAAAUAUGUUAUUUUGCAUUUGUUUUUGAAGUGGGGGUAAAUUCGGGGAUUAACCUUGACAGGUCAAAUGGCCUUCUGUUUAGCCCCGGCCCUCAUCCUCCACACUUCAUCUUUACUAUUUCUUUUCUAUUGUUAUGUAUCAUAAAUGAUGUAUUAUGUUAUUUGUAUUGAUUUGUAAACUUGAUCAUUAAAAUAUUUUUGAUGUGUUUUAAAAAGA